GGAAUUUCAAGCAUCUAUUAAUAUUUUAUCUUUUUAAUAUUUGUUGUGUUAACCCUUCUCCUAUCGCGUCAAAUCUCAACCCUAACUCCAUCUCUUUUAUUUCCAGCAUCAGUUCUUCAAGACAUUAAUUUCUUUCUCUUUUCCAAGACUUGGUUCAUGGCAUCUUCAAUAAAUUCAUGAUUUCUCUUUUCCAGUUGUGAGGUGGAAGUCUGGGCGAUGGUGGUUGUUAUGCGAGAUCGAGUGGUGCUUCACGGAUGGCGGACGAAGGGAGUUCCGUCGGAUCUGCAGGUGGCACGGCGGCGCGGUUUAGUGGCGAGGAGCGGUGGAGCACGGUUAUGGGAGUCGCUAUUAUGGUGGCAGCUUUUGCCGUUUUCGUCGGCAACCUUCGAUUUGAUUUGGAUGAGGAGGAUUCAGAAGAUUUGGAGUGAAGAUGCAAUUGAAUUGUGAAGAUUUGGACCUCUUUUACUGGGGUCGAAUACUGAAAGACAAUUUCAAUGGAAGUCGAUGCACGUGAAUAAUUGGCCUAAGAGAAAGCGGUCUAAAAAAGGAAUUUGCAUAAAAUUCACCAUAGUGCUAUAUGGGAUUGCAGGUGGGAAUAAUGAAUAAUUCUGCUUUAUAUUCAAUUAUUUUAAGUGAUAUGCUUUUAGAAUAUUCUAUAGAUUCAUGACUCACUUCAAAGAAAAACUUUACAUUUAUGCAAAGAGGCAGUUAGUUUGCGAAACUUAGAAGCAUAAUAUGACACGAGCUUGAAGAAUUUGAGUUGUAGAAUUCAAGAUUAAACCAAGAGCUAAAUUGGAGACCCUGAAGAUGUGAUAGCACAUAUAUAUGUAAAAUGAAUGAAUUUUUGUUGUAUAAAAACAAUUUUUUUUUAGCAUAAACACCAUUUCAUAUAUAUUUUCUUCCGAGUAGUAUAAUUCCAUGUGUUUACCAUAGGUAGCAUCUAAAUAGUAUAAGUUAAAUGAUUAUAUACUUAAUGUUAUCAAAUAAUUGUAGUAUUACUAACAAUUGCUUAUAUUAAAUCCAGUUAUUGAAAAUUUCUUCUUUAAAUGCAGUAGAGCAAUAUUACUAUUACUACUAAAUCACAAGUUCAAUAACAGGUAGGAGAAAACAAAGCCAAGAAUUGUUACAUUUGAAAUAAGAUUGAUUUUAGAACAUAAUUUGUUAAUUCUGUUAUAUGAUGUUAAUUGUUAGAAUUAGACUUGAUUGUUAGUAAAAUCAGUUGGGCUGCAAUGAAGCAGUAAAUGGUGGCCACGUCUAAAAUAGUUAAAAGUCGUAUAGAUGAUGAAUUUUCAAAUGAUAUUGAGACUCAAUAUUUUAUGCAUUUCAACUCAGUAAACCACCAGAUAUAUCAAAGUUCUGGUUUGCCAAAAGGGAAUGAUUGUGUUUGGUUUUUGGUUGAGAUUUGAUUUUGUUUGGUUUAAAUGGAAUUGUGAUUUUGUGUGGUUUUUGGUUGAGAUUUGAUUUUGUUUGGUUUAAAUGGGAUUGUGAUUUUGUGUGAUUUUUGGUUGAGAUUUGAUUUUGUUUUCAAUUUGAUUUUGAAAUGAUGGAGAUUUGAAUAAAAUUUGAUUUGAUUCAUCAUCUUGGUGUAUUUUUCUUAUGGUUAAUAGAUAGAGACAGUAGUAAAUAAUUAAAAACAAUAAUACUAAUAAUAAUAAUUCUAAUACUUGAUAAUAUAAUACUUAUAGAUAAAAAAAAUGAAAUAAAAAAUAGGAAAUGGUUAGAAUUUAAAAAAAAGUGUGUUCCGGGCCGACCCAAUCGAUCUAAUUAGGCCAACCCAACCUUCGACCCAAGGCGCUUUGGACCACGCGUGGCUACCUCCUCCAGACCACCCCGGGCAAAAGCUUUGGACAACCGACCACAAGGCAGACUCGUGCCCGGCAAACAGCCAGCCCUCGCGUCACCAAAAUCUCCGCCUCAAAAGAUGGAGCCAAUUUCGCAUAAGGGUACCCUAUAAAUAGCCCUCUCAUAACAUAGGGCAAGGUAAUCUUUUCCACCCCUAAAAUUUCUCACUUUGUUGUACUUACUUUGGCAUCGGAGUGCCUUGCAGGUACACCCCUUUUUUCCCAUCAACCAUCCCGAACUUCAAGCCUUCAUUUUUGCUGGCCGUCUGUGGGAAAUCUAGCUCCCCGGUUCCUUUUUCUUGCACCUUCUUGAUCCAUUCUUGCCUCCUGCAAGAACCUAAGAACCAAAGCUUUAAUCAAAUCAUUACUCAUGGCCGGCAAUAACAAAGACUCUUCUUCAUUAGACGUUGCGAUACUCAAGAAAAACGACAUCUCCGUCGUUCUCCCUUCCAGAAACGCCGUUCCUCGAGAUGGUGUCACGGCGUCCCCUUCUCCAAAAGAUCUCCAAGAUGAUAUGUUUCAUCAUCUCGAAAAUACAAGCGGGAAGGACAACCCCGAAGAGAUUUCAGGUAACCCGUUCCUCUCCAAAGGUCAGAAUCCCCAAGACCAGACCAUGAACGCUGUUCUGGCCGCCCUUGCCCAGACCAACGCGCUCAUACAACAACAAAACAAUAGGAUCGGGGCUCUCGAACAGAAGCGCCGUUCAAAAACUCCCCCAGGUCGCAAGCCUCGUCCUCAACACGAAGUAGGAACCAAGAAACACCCUCGUUCCCCCUCCCCUAGAGGAAAUGCGGGUCCCUCCUCCAAGAAAGGGUCAAGCGACCAUCACUCUCGACGCCGAUCACUAUCCCCUCGGCCAAAAAGAAAAUCCCAAUCACCUCCGGCAAGGCAUGACGACAGCCGGAGGCGACGCAGGCGUAGCCACAGCCGAUCUUCCUCACCGUCCGCCAGCGACGAGGAACAGGAGCGUCAUAGUCCUCUGUCCCAUGCAAUCUUAGAAGCACCACUACCAACCGGUCUCGAAAAACCCCCUCCACUGGGCACAUACGACGGGACCACCGAUACGGACGAACACAUAGAGAACAUCGAAGCCCUUCUCGACUAUAGAGGAGUUCCCGGUGCCAUCAAAUGUCGUUUGUUCCCUACCACCCUGCGCAAAGGAGCCAUGACUUGGUAUAAAAGUUUACCCGAUAAGUCCAUCACUUCAUGGAAGGUGCUCGGAAAACUUUUUUCCAGAUACUUCACGGCCUCCCGAAGACACCCCAAGUCAGAAGCCUCCUUGGAAGCCAUCAUCCAAGGAAAAGACGAGUCCCUACGGGCUUACAUAGAAAGGUUCAAUAAGGAAACCGUGCAAGUAUCCACCAGUACCCACAUGAAGAAAUUCUUGCUCGAGCGAGGCCUCCGACCACGCUCAGACUUCGCCAAAGCCGUCGGGAUCGAAACACCGGCCACUCUAGAAGAGUUCUUCCUUAAAGCCCAGGCAUACAUACAAUACGAGGAAAAAGAGGCCGCUCACGCGGUACGCAAUUCCAGACAGGAAGAAAGCAGCAAGAAUGGUCGCCAAGACGAUUCCCGUCGGGGAACAGACAAAAAGAAAGACGACAAGGGCCGGGAUCCCAAAGAUUACAAAGCCCUAGCGGGGAAGUUCCGAGAAUACACCCCGCUCAACGCCUCAAGAGAACGCAUCUUAAACGAGUGUGCGAAUGCUGAAUUCCAGACGGGCAAGGUCCGCUUCCCUAAAACUAUGUCUGCAUGAUCGAACGUGGAUAAAUCAAAGUUCUGCCGAUUCCACAAGGGCCACGGGUGUAACACCCUUCUAAUACCCCGCAUAAAUAAUAAAUAAUAAUCAGAGUAAACAUGAAAAAGGGCAUUACAACUUCCAAAUAAUUAAACAAUAAUACUCAUGUCAUGCCAUAAAAGAGAACGUCAACCAAAUUUAUUCAGAUCAUCAUGUUUAUCACAGCGGAAUUAUCUUUAACAUCUGAAUAAUAAACAGCCAAGUCACAGACUUAAAGCAUCAACAUAAAAAUCCAUCCGAAAUAAAAAGAGUUUAACAAGUAACUCUAAACGACGCCCCCAGUGUUACAAUAUCAGAGCAUGACACCGACGCUAUACCAAAUAAACUGACUCAUGAGCUAAUCCUCACCGAGCCAAAAGCCGCUACUCGCCAAUCUGAAAUCAUCAAAGUAAGGGUGAGUCUCAUUCACAAUUAACAAAUGUUAUCGAAUCAUAAACAAUAACACAUCAUAGUCACAUUAUUCAUCCAAUUUCAUUAUAUUCAGAUUGUCAGGAAGUACUCAUCAACACACAACAACAAAUAGAAUACAUUACCAAGAGACAACACCAUAAUUCAUCCAAACAAAUCAUAACCAUCAUACAAUCAUCACAUAUUAUAACAUUGGACAAUCUUCCAUUCAUGUUAUAAUAACACAAGUAGCCUAAUGCAAAUGCAACUAUAUGCAUGUGGUACCAAAAUCUGGGAUAACCCAACUCACCGAUCCACCAUCGUCAAGGAUACGGCAACACCCACUCACUAAUUCCACACAAUGGGAAUUAGCUACCACUGAUCCACCAUCGUCAAGGAUCAGCCACAUAAUGAUUAUGAAUGCAUGUAUCAACCAUAACAUGCUUAUCACCCACAUAAAUCAACCAAAUGUCAUAAUCAUCAACCACCACAAUAAUCAAUAGCCAUACACAAUUAUGCUAUUUCUCAACCACAAUAAAAUACAUAUUUUACAUCAACAAUAUGUGUAUAACAAACACCAAUUACACCCACAACAUCAUAACAGGUAAAUCAUUCAUUAUACAGUGCAACAACGAUAACACCCCUCACAAUCGUGUACCAAGUACAACAAAGCAACUCAUCAACGACAGAGUAUUUACCUCAUCAUUCCUCAAAACACAUGAUAACCAUAUUUACCAUGAACAACACCCAUUUGCACAAUUAACAGAAGCAACCAAAUUAUCACAACAUACAUCAUUGCACAUAUUCAAUUAUGCACACAACAACCAUUGCACCUCAUCAGCUAUGCAAAACCAGAAUAAACCACAUUUGAAGAAAAUGAUACUUUUUAAAAUAAAAUCAAGUUUUUAUUGUUUUAUUCGUUUCAUAUGGUAGAACAUUCAAUUUAAGGAACAACGUCCAAAACGGCGUCUAAAACUGACUUACGGUUUGAAAGUUACACAUCUUUAACUUUUUACAAGAAAACAGUUAUCGCUACAGCACGCGGCGCAACCAAAGUUCGCGGCGCGACCUUAAGCAUACAAACACGUUCGCGGCGCCAACCUAUGCACGCGGCGCGAUGCGAGAAAACAAGUACGCCUUCGCGGCGCGCACCUACCUUCGCGGCGCGAACUGGCAAAAACCAGAGAUCUCACAUCGAUUGACAGCAUUACGGGAUUCAUCCCAAAAUCCCCAAAACCCAACCAAGUUAUGUCAUGAACCUCAAUUACCACCAUAUCAGCCACAUACAUGUUAUAACACAAAUAUAACACACAAAGAGGAUCAUUCAAUCAUCAUAACAAUCAUAUAAUCAUACAAUUCCCCUCAAAAUCAUCCCAAAACCCCAAUCCAUCAUAUAACCAAUU